CAUGAUACAAAAUGAAGUUCGGAAGUAGGAGAAGAAAACCGCACGUUUUUAACUUGAAUUUCUGUUAACGUUAUUUAUAGUUUCUGUCGUAUAAUUGGUGUAGCAACACACCACUGGACAGCCAUUAUCAUGGUAUCCACCACUGAAUCCCUGCAGGCCUUGGAGUUGCUGAUGUCGGAGUUCUUCAACACAGACACAACCAACAUUCGGAAGCAUGAAAUAGAGGUUCUGCUGGAGAGUUUUGGUCAGACAAAAGAUGCUUGGCGCCAUUGCUUGUACUUCAUAGCCAACACCAGUAACGAGUAUGUGAUGAUGUAUUGCCUCAAUGUACUGGAGAAGCUGAUAAAUCAGCAGUGGGUUGGACAAGAUGGCCAGACCAAGUUGGAGGUUCGCUCGAUGCUGAACCAGUUCCUGCUAACCCGCCAUGACAAAGUUCAGUCGUAUGUCAGAAACAAACUUGUCAAACUUGUCGUCGAUAUUGGCAGAUCAGACUGGCCACAUUUCUAUCCAGAUUUCUUUUCCAGUAUUUUACAGUUAGUUCAACAACCAGACACCACAAUGUUGGGUGUUAUCUUACUGCAGACAGCAUCCGAAGAAAUGGCCACUCCCCGCGAAGACAUCAGCAUGUCUCGCAAAGAAGAGUUAAAUCGUUUGUUGCUGGCACAAGUCCAAACGGUUCUCAGUAUUCUGAACAAUAUUUUAGAAACAGUAUUAGAAGAACACAGACAUCUAGUGUGUGCGACACCACCGCCCUCCCCAACACACGGCAACCAGAGUAUUACAUGCCUGCCUUCAUUAAUGUUGUUCUCUUCGUCACCAGUGAGAUCAGACAGUGUACUGAGCACGUUGUUUCAAAAGCCUAGUCAAGGAUUCAAGUUUGACGCUCUGCCGCUACUGGAUGAUCACUCACAGCAGUUGUGUGCGGCGACGCUGACAUGUCUGGCUCACUACUUCAGCUGGAUCCCACUGUCCACGUCCAUCACCACGGAUCUGCUCAGCACCAUGUUCCACUUUGCUGGCUUCGGCUGUGAAAUCCACAAACAGCGCUCGAGUAAUCCCAGCUCCGGGUGCAACAGUCAAGACCUCGGCAUGCUGGCCAUGAACUGUGUCAACGAGCUGCUAUCCAAAAACUGUGUGCCUCAGGAAUUUGAAGACUUCUUGUUGCAGAUGUUCCAACAGACGUUCUACCUUCUGCAGCGGUUAACCAAAGAGUAUAGUACUAACGCCACGGGGAAUAGAUUAGAAGAGUUAGACGGAAGUUACAUAGAAAAGUUCACCGAUUUCCUGCAGUUAUUUGUCAGCAUACAUCUACGUCGAUUUGAGUCCAAUUCGCAGUUUCCCGUGUUAGAAUUUCUAGCUUUGUUCUUCAAAUAUACAUUCAGACAGCCAACACAUGAAGGUUUUUUCCACUGUCUUGAUAUAUGGACGACGUUUCUCGAUUAUCUGGUUACCAAGUGUAAAGAACGAUCUACAGAUGCUGCGUCUAUUAUACAGAGAUACAAGGAGGCUCUGACGUCGCUUGUAUCCCAUAUUUUCCAGAAACUGCUGUUCCGCUACAACCAGUCCCAGUUAGAGGAGUUGGAUGAUGAAAUCCUAACAGAUGAUGAUGAGACGGAAUGGCAGCAUUUCCUGAGAAAUUGCCUUGAAGUGGUGGCCAAAGUAGCAGAACUGAUUCCAGCAGAGAUAUUUCAACUCAUAUGGGACCAGUUUCAAGAACACGUGACCGCCUACCUUGCAAUGGAGUCCUGUGUGACAGCCAGUGCGGAAGGGAGACAACUGCGUAUUAGUGGUGAAAACGAGUGUCGUCGGCUACACUGUACGUUGAGAGAUCUGUCCUCAUACAUCCAGGCUUUAGGGAGACUGGCCGAACACUUCAUAGGGGACAUGUUCGCAGAGAGAUACACCAAUGCUCGGCAGUUACUAGAGAAAUUGGUGUAUCUUUCUGCCUACAGCUGUAAGCUGAAACUGUUUGAGGUCAAAUCCAUAGCACAGUCUGUGUUGGAACCGGACUUCAUUGAAGUUCAUGCCCAGGUUUUGGCUGGCAUCAAGGCGUAUUCUCACUGGAUGUCACAGCUGUACAGCGAGUCUCAGCGGACUAAUCAAGAGAAGGAGAAAUUCUUUAACCUCAUUGUUGCCUUGACCGAUUCUGUUGUGCCUCUUUUCCACAAACAGACACCUGAAAAAAUUGUCCAAUCAGCUGCCCAUCUUUUGGUUUCCUUGACAACUACAGUACGACCUGCUUUCCUCCUUCAGUUGGAGAGCAUGCAGUCGCUAUACAACAGUGCUACAGAUGGCUUGUGCUGUCACUUUAAACCAGAGACUCGCCUUCUGCUCUAUCGAUCUCUAUCUCACUAUUUGCUCCUCCCAUGGCCGAACCUGUCUGACGCGGAGCAGGACUGGGCAAACCGGUCUCAGCACCACGCCAAGUUCACCCAGCAGCUGGCCAGCCAGUACCUGCGACUCAAGGACACAGCGGCUAUAUCACACAAUAAGGUCAUGCAGGAACAAGCAAAGCCUGUGAUUAAGGAAACGCUGAAGAUGUUUGAGGAAUGGAUAACGUCGAUCGCCGGGGAGGUCGUGCGUAGCAAGCAGAUUUGUUUCCAGUCCCUGCAGGAGUCGAUCCAAGUCGCACUCACCUUGUUUCCACUCUUCAUGCAGCAGCCAGAUAUCAUUGAUGAAAUGAUGAGUUUCUUUCUGGCGCUUUUCCAAGGCCUUCGUGUUCAGAUGGGUGUACCAUUCACAGAGAAUGCUUUACGAACGUUUGUCGCACUUUUCACUAGGGACCAGUUGGCUAAUAUAAUCCAGCAAGGAAGCAGUGCCAGUAUUAGUGUGGUUGAGAAGUUUCUGAAAUUGUUACAGCUGAUUGUUGAGGAACCAGGUUCUUCGUUCAAGGCUUUCUUGCCGCAAGUGUUGACCAUUUGUCUUGACCAGGUUUAUCCAAUUAUUGCUCAAAGACCUUCGCCAGACAUAAAGGUUGUGUUUUACAAGCUGCUUCACGAGCUGGUGAUUCACAACUGGCGCUACUUCUUCAAGGGGUCGGUGAUAUCCGCUCUUCAGAAUGAGGCCGAGCAGCUUGACAAUGAGCCACAGUUCGUGGCCAUCAUGCAGGCCUAUGGACAAUCAUUCCUUCAGUCUGACAUCACAGUAUUUAAACAGAAUCUCGAAUCGCUAGAAAUUAUGAACUCUAAAUGGAAACUCUAUCACAAGGUGAUAUUCCGGAAGUUGAUGUUGGCCCAAUUUCUGCAGGUCCUAAUUCAGGUUCUGGUCCAGAGGUCACAUGACCUGCUGCAGGAGGAGAUCGUCAUCAUGGUCUACAAUAUGGCCGCCGUCGACUUUGACGGUUUCUACACGACCUUUCUCCCGCACUUCCUGUCCAGCUGUGACUGGCUCGACGACAACCAGAAGAAAGUACUCACACACAACUUUAAGCUGGAAAAGGAUUUACCUUCAUUCACCCAGAAUGUUCGCCGACUAAUCAACGAUAUCCGAUAUUACCGCCUUAUCAACAACAGUCGCCCAGAGGGGUCUGUGCAGUUCUGAAUGCUUGGUGCAACAAGGAAAACAAUAUUCUGUUGUCAACACAGGGCAGAAAAAGACUUGUCCAGUAUCCUGGUUUCUGUGUACCAGGACAUGAUAGAGGAAACCAUUGAACACCAGUAAAGCAAAAUGACAUAUAGGAAGAGGCCUUAAGGUAGUCUUAAUCCUGUUAGCCCGUCCCAAAACAGCAUGUGUAGGCUAAUGGUAAAUAAAUAUUGUUAAAACCAAAUUGACAUGUUCAAUAUCAACCUAUCUUAUGUUAAGAUAUGACAAAGAAAAUGACUGAACAUACCCAAGCACGGAAAUAUAUUCAGUAUUCUGUUAUAUUAUGAUAAGAAAUGGUUGAACAUAAUUGUUUGCCUCAGCAUUGUGAAAUAAAUUCACUGUUCUGUGUACAUUGCAGGAUGUUACAAAUUAUAUUUUGUGCAUGAUGUCACAAAUAUUAAACUAGUCACUUGAUUACCUCAUAAUUAGACUGACUUUGGUUAGAAUACAGGUUCUACAAUCUGUCAUUGUUGUAGUCAUCCCUUGGCUUGUGUUACAGGUUUUAAUAUUAUUUACACUGUUAUCAGACAGAAAGAAGUAUGGUAGUCAUCCCUUGGCUUGUGUUACAGGAAUUUAAUAUUAGUUACACUGUUACAAGACAAAACAAAGUGUGGUUGCAUCUGACCUUUAGUCUGUGACCAGCUAGAUUGUUUUGUAAUGGAGAGAUGGGGUACAGGUAGUCACUUUGAAAAUCUGGCUUCAUAUUUUUGAAGCUCUCUUAGCACUAGGAAAUCGUAAAAACUAUCGUAAGCUGUGAUGUCAGUUAUGGCGUGUGCUGUAGUGAAGUCAUAGUCUACAAUUGUUUUACGAUUUCAUAGUCCUAAAAUAGCAUGAAAAUUCCCUAGCCAGAUUCAGACAGAGUGGACUAUUGGAUCUGCAACAGCAGUUUUAUCUCUCAUUUACUUUGCUUUAUCCGUCGUCAUAGUCUGUCAAUAGAAAUCAUGGAUGCAGGAUAAAAUAUCAUUCUGGACUUGGAGUUAAUGGCUGGGUUUUGUUGGCCAUCCUUUUGAAAACUACUGUACUGGUUUACAGCCUAUCACAAAGUUGGAUAUUUUAUCUGGAUAUACAGACAACACAUCCCAUUCUUGUGAAACUUUUUAAGUCUGUCUUUAAGGUUUAACCUUGCCAUGUCUGUUCUGUGUGCCCUCCCAUGGGUAUAAAUAUUAUUAUUAAAUGUUUUUAUUUGGAUAGUCAUUUACAUGGCUUCAGUAUUAUGUGCUAUAAGUGCUGUGGUAUUGUGCUGCAAGAUUAUUUUACGUAUGUGGAGAGCUAUGUGGCAAAGUUGUUUGUGUCAAAAGUGCUGUAGAAAAACAUUCAGUGUGCAUUUGACUUGAAGAAAAUCAAAUACAUAAACACACAAUUUAUUUUACAGUAUAUUUUAAACGUGUGACCCACAUUUUAAAAAAAAGUUAGAAAUUGUACACCCAUUUCCUAUGUUUGUAAUAUUGAGAUUUUUACUAUAAUAUGCAAUAACAUUGGCUUAUGUUAUUGAACAUGUACACUAUGUGUAUUUUGAAUAUGAUGAAAAUACCCAAAAAAUCUAUUAUAACAGGCCAAUAGAAAUGGGGUGUUGGGGCUGUGCCCCCCACCCCCCCCCCCCCCCUCCUAUACUGUUUAAAUAAAGGGGAAAAUAUGGCUUGUGUCCCCGUCCCUCACCCCUCACCCCACUUGAGGCUGUGAACCACCCACUAAAGAUUGCACUCCACUCUGUGUAACAUUGACAGACAAUAUGUUUUGCUCUGUUUAAAGAAAACAAAUGUUUCAACUGUAAUAUAUCUUUUUUUUUUAAAUAAUUAAAAACCACUAAAUUUCACUUAUAGAAUCAAAUUAUUUUACAUAGAACUGAAUAAAAUAUACAGCAGUGAUGAUUAAUUUGGAGUCUCGUAUAAGGAUGAAGGUAAAUCGUUUUGCUAGGAUAUUGUAUUUGGAUGAUGUUUUUCUUAAAAUGUAUUUAUCAAGAUAAAAACAUAGCUUUAGUUUUCCGUGUACAUAACCUUUGAUCUGUUCUGUCAUUGCUGAAGAUUAUUUUUGAAUGUCUAGCUAUAUCUGUGAUACACCUGUUUGUAGAAAUGUGUGCAAGUAAGAAAUGUGCAGUACGUAUCUGGUCAAAGACAAGCGAGGACUAACACGCAGUGCUACAGUCUUUGGUUUCAGGAGCACUUCAAAUUCAAAUCUUAUGACAGGGUUAAAUCCAUAAUUAUUCAAAUAAUUCUCUAACUUGUUUAUUUUAACCAUUCAUAAUUUAUCAGGUAUUAGCUCCAAACUGUUGGGGUUUUUUUUUGGGGGGGGUUGUUUUCUAAAAUAAUUACAAACUUUGCGCUGUUAUAUGAUUUACACUAUUAUUAUUGGAAACUGAAAAAAUUGAAUGUUAUCUUUUGAAAUCUUUGUAAAAAAAGAUAAAGGAAUGGACGUCGGGAACUGAUUUAUAUGUAUUUUUAACGAUAUGUUUGUUUGUAAUUAAAAUAAAAAUUUGUUAAUGAAUUUAUUAGUGUAUAACAGUCACAAACAUAAUUUUAUACAGUUUGCAUUAAUUUCACACACAAAAAUGACAAACAAGUCUUAUAUACUGUAAAGAACAAACAUUUUUAACAUUAGUGGCUGGUAAAGACUUCUUUAAGUACUUUAAAACUGAUCAAUUAAAUACUGAUAGUCAUAUUUUGUUUUGAGUUGACAAGUGGGUAUUGCAUAUUUUUUUGUCAAUUAUGGUUUUGCUAUGAUGCAUUAGUCUGGUGCCAAGCAAACCAGUCCAAUGCCAAGAGAAAGAUCACAGGGACUUGUAGCAAACUGUUUAUCUUUCCAUCAUCGGUACCUGGGCCUUUUGUCAACAGACUGUUCGAACUGGUUAAGGAACUCUAAACUGUUCUUAACUUAACUGUAACCAUCUGUGGGCUAAAUGUCUGUCGGCACAAGAAUCAGCCAUGUUUAUCAUCAGUGAUAUGCUAUAAAUCUUAUAUAUAUCCUAUCACUAAUGAACUAUUUGCUAUAAGUCCCUGUGAGAAAUUGAUAUAAAAUCAACACUUUUGGGCUGAAAUUACUAAGUCUGUUUCUCCUAACCGCAGGUGUUUAAGCAUUGUGAAUUUACGUAGUUACACUUGUGUAAGACAAGAGGCUUUGUAAAUUUGGCCCUCUCUAUUCAGUGAAUACAGUGUGUAGAACGCGUGUAAAAUAAGCAUUUUGCAAAAUAACUUAUUCAUUCCAUGUCAUGGAAUGUGUCUAUUUUUGUAAGUACAUGUAUUUGUAAUUGUUGAUGAAACAUAAAACAGGUUUGUGUUAAUUAAUGCAUGUUUUAAUGCAGAACUUUUUAAUUAAUAUAAUUUUAAGACAGACCAUUUUGAUAUUCUUCCUCAUACUUAAAAGUGUUCAAAGGUAAAAA